AUGGGCCGCGUCAUGCAAAUCGCCGCCUUCUCCCUCGCCGAAGUAACCUACGCCGUCGGCGGCAGCAACAUCACCUACCAGAUCCAAGAAUCGGUCAAGUCCGCCCGCUUUCGGCUCCGCACAAAGCAAGAAAAUGUCUCCGGCGUCUUCCUUCCACAGUUUGAGUCCUUUACCACCAACGACGCGAAGGAUGACUUUGGCUUAACGGGCCUGGGGAAGGGAGGCCAGCAGGUCCAGAGGUGUCGGGAGACGUAUCGGAGGGCGGUGGAGACCCUGGUGGAGUUAGCGAGCUUGCAGACGGCGUUCGUGACGCUGGAUGAGGUGAUCAAGGUGGUGAAUCGACGGGUGAAUGCGAUUGAGCACGUGAUUAUUCCCAGGACGGAGAAUACGAUUAAAUACAUCAAUUCAGAACUCGACGAGAUGGACAGAGAGGAGUUCUACCGAUUGAAGAAGGCAAGUCACUUCGUAUCAAACAAGAAACAACGAGACCAAGCCGCCGCCGACAAGGAACUCCAGCGGCAACGAAAUAAGACAGACGGGGGAGCCGACGACGAACCACUGGAUGUGCUAGGCACGCAGGAGGAUGACGAUGUGAUAUUUUAG